UCACGCACGCAGGCACGAACAGCGCGCGAUGGCCUCCACCAAGAAGAGCUGGGCGCACGAGAUCGAGGCGUCCGUGGCGGCGCCACGGCUGUUCCGCGCCGGCGUCAUGGACUGGCACACGCUGGCGCCCAAGCUGGCCCCGCAGGUCGUCGCCAGCGCCCACCCCGUCGAGGGCGAGGGCGGCGUCGGCAGCGUCAGGCAGUUCAACUUCACCUCCGCCAUGCCCUUCAGCGUGGUGAAGGAGAGGCUGGACUUCCUGGACGCGGACGGGUGCGAGUGCCGGUCGACCCUCCUCGAGGGCGGGCACGUGGGCACGGUGAUCGAGACGGCCACGUCGUGCAUCAAGGUGGAGCCGGCGGCCGGCGGCGGCGGCAGCGUCGUCAAGGUGGAGUCCACGUACAAGCUGCUGCCGGGCGUGGGGGAGGCCCAGUACGAGGUCGGCAAGGCCAAGGAGUCCGUGACCGCCAUCUUCAAGGCCGCCGAGGCGUACCUCAUCGCCAACCCGGACGCCUACAACUAAAUCAACAAUAUAUCUUUGUGUGCUUGCUUCCCAAAUCCCAACCCAAUAAAGCUGCUCCAGCCUCCAAGUAUGUCGAUGGUGAAACGAGAGCAGUGAGCAAGGACGUGGACGCUGGACUUGAAGUUAAGAGGUUGUGUAUUUUGGAAGUGUCAAAGAGUGGUUUUGUUUGAUGAUGUUGCUGCUUGCUUAUGUGUGUGUGGUUUUACACAUGGAUAAAAGGGUGUA